AUGGACGUGUCGAGGGACUUCUUCAGUAAGCUGCGCGCCCUGGCCCUCACGCUGGAGAAGGAGGCAAGGCAGCUCGAGCGGGCCCUACGCAGAGAGGACACGGACUAUGAAGACGAACCUCCAGGAAGAGUCUUACACGACCUCCACUGUGAAAUCAGGACUCUGAAGGAAGAUAUUAAUGCCAGUCUUGGUAAGAGUUGCUCUGAAAAACAAGCAAUUCAUGAGUUUAUGAAGGCAAGCAAAAUAUUGAUGCAAAGAAAUGCAACAGAUCUUGGAAAAAUAAGAGAACUGUUCCAGAAAUAUGGCUAUAAACCACAUGUCAAAGACUCUACAGAAGAGAGGGAAGAAGUGAACAGUGAUUCAACAGGGUCUGUCCAGACUAAAUCUGAUGAAGAAAAAGUGGAUGAUGUACCUCAUCUUCCAGCUUGUACCGAGAAGCCACUAGUGCCCAAAGACCCACUGCGUAACCCCCGGCUUUCUGACUUCGGUCUUUCACGAUAUGCUUUCUCCAGGGCUUGGAGUGCAGUGAAAGGCCAGCACACCACAAAUGCAUACCAAGAAAAUUCAAAGAACAGGACUCCACUAAAACCACAGCAGCCCUGUAGUUUGCCCAAAACACCAAAAUGUAUGCUGAAGAUGGACGAUUAUGAAUGCGUAACACCAAAACUGGAGCACUUUGGCAUUAGUGAACAUACCAUGUGUAUGAAUGAAGACUAUACGAUGUCACUUAUCCGUAAAACUGCUCAGGCAAGCAAGAAGUGA